UAUAUACUCUCCUGCUACCAUACAAUCUGCAAAACAUAAUUAGCCGCUUUUACAAAAACGCGCGUCGAUUGCCUACAACAACUCACCAAAGCCGGGUUUGCUGCUCCCUAUAAAGUUCCGUGACGACUAGUAGCAUCAUGGGCUCGACCGAUGAAGAGCGGGUUGCCUCGUCGGCAACGGCGUCGACAUCAUCAGCCGACCCAUCCCCGCCAGCCCCGCCCCCGCCGGUGGAGAAGAAGAAGAAAAAGUUUGACCCCAUUGAGAUGCCCACACCCGAGGUGCUAGCGGCCCAGGAGUUCAUGAACAACUGCUUCGUCAAGUCAGCGAUGUCGGGGGCGAUGGGCGGCGUGGCGGGACUCGCGUUCGGCCUCUUCAUGUCGUCCUUCGAGAACGCGCACGGGGGCAUGGACUCGAUACCCGACGGGACGGCCCAGCGGUCCACGCGUGCCGUGCUCAAAGAGAUGUUCACAAACAUGAGGACCAAGAGUGUGUCCUACGCCAAGGGCUUUGCGGUGAUGGGCGCACUGUUCUCCUUCAACGAGUGUGUGGUGGAGAAGUGGCGCGCCAAGCACGACGCCGCCAACCCCGUCAUUGCGGGCUGCGUCACGGGGGCCAUGAUGGCGCACAGUGGUGGUCCGCAGGCGAUGUGCUUCGGCUGCGCCUCCUUCGGCGCCUUCAGCUACGUCAUCGAGAAGUACCUGAACUCAGACCACUGAGCGUGGCGCACAGCUGCGCGCCGGAAGCAGUGCGGCACAGAUGCACGUGCAGCAACAGGAAGUGGCGGGGUGGUGCGCUAGCAGGUGUUGCACCCAACAGACAGCAGCAGCCGGCGCAGCAGCUGGCACAGCAGCCGGCGCAGCAGCGAGCGGCCGGAGGAGUGGCAGCGAGCAGCGGGAGCUGCCGUGGCAGCAGGCAUGGAGUGGGUCGUGUGGAGAAAGAGAGGGCCAGCAGUGGCACCGCAUGCGGAGAGGGUGUUACGGCGGAGCACGCUGCGCGGGAGCUUGGGGACAUGCCCAUCAGCCCGUCAGCCCAAAUGCCGCCAUGCCAUCGAACAACGGCAUCAUCGCGGUAGCCGGGUUGCGUUGCGCGGUGGGAGGCUGUGGGCGGCCCCGGGGAAGGGCGUGUCAGUCGGUGCAGGACACCGGGGCGUGUCGCGUGCCGCCAGGCUGCUCAGUCGGCUCAGUAUGUGGGUGGGAGGCUGCUCUGUCGGGUCUGCUUGUGUGUGGGUGGGGGGCUGCUCUGCCGGCUCUGUGUGUGUGUGGGUGGGCGGCACGCGGUGCCGCUUUGGUUCUGUGUGCACCCGUUCCCCUUCUGUGAGCUGGUGAUGUGUGGAUGCACUAGCCGUGAGCUGGGAGUGGACUGGCUGUGCCCCGCAAGGGCGGGUGGGAUGGAACAGCGUGCGCCUGGGUGGGUUACUGGAGCUAUGGGUGGUCCCUUGUCAGACUGUCUCUGCGUGUAACCUGGCGAAGAG